AUGCUUGGUGAUUCAGAAUUGCUUGCCUUGCAGAAAUUUAUCAAUAUCUUGUGCCGCGUGCGAACCCUCUCCCAUCAGCCAACCGAUGCAUACCGACCGAGAAGCCCGGCAACACCCAUACCGCGCCACAGUAACCCGUUCACGCCAGAAUCAUCAACCCAACAUCUAGAGGUUGAAGAUGAGGCUGUCCAGAGGCAAAGGGCUUCCCGGCAAAUCUUUUUGGCAUCUGAAAUCCAUGUAAAUCCUCAGGAUCAGCAGGAUCAGAGCCGGUACAUGGCAUACGUCGAAGAGGCUAAGGACGAGAAUGCAUGGGCGCAUAACGAAUCUGAGGAGAGUGCGCCUUCGUCGCAAGUACUCCCAAACACCGCGGCCAUCAAUCGGAACCUCGAUGAAAUUAAUCAUACUGAUGUCUGGAAACUUGGCAUCGCUCCGGACAUCUCAUCUACAUUGGACCAAAGCCAAGCGAGCUCUCUGACCACGGAUCCCAAUCCUCAAGUUGAAUCCAAUACCGAAUGGUUUGAGGAUAGUGACCAGGCAAAUAGCCUGUCUGGAGGUACGCCAUCGCCAUUGAGCCAAACCCCAACAAGUUCUCUAGCCACGAAUCCAAAUAGCCACACAGAAGAAGCUCCAGUCAGAGACACUUCUGAAGAAAAUAUAAACUCCGCUGGUGAUGCUGGAUGUUCAAGCUUUAACAGUACACUUGAAAGCCCUCGUGAAAGUAGAAUCCCAAGAUCGGAGGAUUCCUUCCUUGCUGGGUUUACUCAAUAUCCUGCAGCGUUUCCUGUCGACCAGCUUGCUAGUCCAGCUAUCUUGGAUUUAGACACGCCUCUGCCAAAGGGUCCAACAGCUUUGGUGUCUCUUGCACAGGUCGAUAUCUCUCGCCUGCUGCUUCGAAAGCACGAUACAGGCUACUUUGUCACCACGGAGUUGGGGUUUGGAAUUAACGCAAUGAAGGAAAAUAUCCUGCAAACCCUCGAGGGACAGUCAUUAGGGCCUUGCGAGAUAGAAAUCCCGCACCCGCUCUAUGACGCGCUUCAAAAUUGCAGGGAAGAUCCGGAUUAUUUUCUUCACCAGGUUGGUAUCGUCAAUUCUCACCAAGCCAGCGCAAAGGGGGCGGUUGCCAGGAUAUUUGAAAAGUCAUUCCAGAUCACAAGGAGUGCGCAACUCAUGCCUCUCUAUGAACGCCUAACACUAUAUGCCCUUUAUAACCUAGUUGUGAAAAAAGGAUAUCACGAUGGCGAACAUUUCAGAUUCGGCCAACUUGCGCGUCUCGUUCAAGAUAUCAAAUCUGAACUCUCGGAUGACGAUAGUCUUGAAGAUGGGAAAUUGCGGGGUGCUAUUCAACGACUUGUAUUAGAAGGCAAGGAGCUCAGUCGCAUAAUAAAAUGCCACUUCAACAACAAUCCCGGAUAUCUUAUGGCACUCCCCGUUGGUUUGACGGCGAAUAAAUGUCGGCGCUCACCGAAACCGGUAGUUGACGCAUUUAUGCACAAUGGCCAUGCAAACGGCCAGCCACAACUGGAGAUGAAUCACGAAAUCCCCUCCCAGAAUGUUAGUUCAUCCGUCUCCGAGACCCCAAACCCUGCUGAGAAAUUAGAUGAUUUUUCUCACGAGACGGCGCCCACAGCAGAAGGUCAAGCGGUCUUGCUGCCAAAUCUGUUGUAUGACAGAAAUUUGUGUUCGCAAACUUCUGUCAACACAACCUUAAGCAAUGAGGCAAUGUCGAUUCAAAACCUGCUGACAAGCAACCAAGACGACCCUCCAAUCUGCAUGUCCCUUGAGAACAAUCCAGACACUUUUGUACCCAGUGCCUAUGACUUGUUUCUGCCAUUCGAGUUCCAGGAAUUUCCAGAUUUCUUUCCGUCACAGGUAUUUGACUGGGAGCAAUGGUUCAAUGGAAUCUCUGCAGGUACAUCGUUUGCAGAAGAGAGCGAACAAGGAAUGACUAAUAGCAGCGGAAAAGGCUGCAGCCCUGGAAUGCCAGAGGAUCGUGAACAGAACGUGGACGAGGACGAAAGUAUCAGCACGGCUCACGCCUAA